GCGAAUACUGAACUCUCUGAAAAAAAUUUCAAACAAUAACAAUAACCUCAAUUUAUCAGCGAUGAGCGAAUGUGCCAGCAGCAAAACACUUGAGAUUAUAAUGAAAGUGAACUAAAUAAUAACGAGUAUAAUUAAUUUUAUUUCAGUUGGAACCUUGUUUUUACUGCCAGUAUCACAGUUUAAUUAUGGUGGUGCUACUUGAUGGAAGUUUUGCAACCCAAAUCAAGAAAUAUGUGGAUGAAAAAGAAAUGACCAGUAGCCCACUCUGGAGCUCUCAGUAUCUGUCAACCGAUCCCAAUGCUGUUUUGAACACCCACUGUGAUUACAUCAAUGCUGGUUGUCAGGUAAUAUCAACCAACACAUACCAGGCGAGUGUAGAAGGCUUCCAAAAACAUCUGGGUAUGGACGUGGAAAGUGGCCUUGCUCUUAUCAGACAAGCUGUCACACUGGCAAAACAAGCUGUAGUCAAGUGUGCUAGCUCCACAAAUCCUCCAAAACAGCAAGUGAUGAUAGCAGGGUCUGUGGGCCCAUAUGGCGCAUGCCUCCACGACGGUUCCGAGUAUCGUGGAGAGUAUAUAGAAGAUGUGACAGCACAGCAGUUAAGGGAUUGGCAUCGACCACGAAUAACUGCGCUGGUAGCUGCUGGUGUGGACUUACUAGCAGUGGAGACUAUACCAGCAGUGCAGGAGGCUGUCACUGUACUGAAUCUACUCCGGGAAGAGUUCUCUAAUGUCAAAGCAUGGGUUAGCUUCACGUGCAAGGAUAAGGUACAUACAAGUCAUGGUGAGCCGUUCCAUGAGGCAGUGUUGCAGUGCUGCCAAACCAACAGAUCUCAGUUGGUGGCAGUCGGUGUAAACUGUGUGGCUCCUGCACAAGUCUCCCCCUUGCUGACCAGUGUACAAGGACUGCAGGUGCCAUUUAUAGUUUAUCCCAACAGUGGCGAGACCUGGACUCCUGGAGUUGGGAUUGUUGGAGCCAUAUUGAUUCUGAGUCUUGGAGAUUGUCACCACUGGUCUUUGUUCCCAAACCUGAUAAGUUGGACAAACAAAGAAGCGUGUCUACCCUUGGUGCAUUACCUGCCAGAGUGGGUCUCUCUUGGAGCUCAGUAUAUCGGAGGGUGUUGUCAAACAGAUGCAGAAGAUAUCCGACAAUGUCGGGAAUUCAUUGACAAACACGGCAUAAGGUCUAGCACAAGUGGGUUGUAAGAAUCAUAGUUUGUGAAGAAGUUCAUGUCAAAAUCUUUAGGCGUUCUUCAACAUUCUCAGUUCCUCAUGCGUAAUUUUAUUUAUUUCACUUGCUUUAUUAUAUUUCACAUUUUAUCAUAUUUUUGAGAAUUAUUCUGCUCAUGAAGAUCAUACAUUGUAAAUGCUUUUGAAAUUGCCCACUAUAUACUAAUGUAUGUGAUAGUUUGAAGACUGAAACAUUGAAUGUUGUGCUCUUAGAGGUUUCUGUAUAAAUAUUUGUACAUAUAUAUAAUUGCUUCUGUGAUUAACAUACAAUGCAAAAUAAAAUAUAUUAUAUAUUACAAU